UGCAAGAGCUGCAGGAGCUGGUGACCAAUGACCUCCAUGGAAGAAGAGAAGUUGCCGGAGAGUCGCCGGCCACGGAUGCUACAACACCGAUGAAGCUGGAGCUAACCGUCGACGAAGUGAUAGAAGAGUACAUCGGGUCUUUUGGGUUUUCACAGCUCAUCCAUGUCUUCUUGGUGUCUCUGGCAUGGGUUUUUGAUUCACAGAACACUUUGGUUACCAUCUUCAGUGAUGCGCAGCCAUCAUGGACGUGCAAUGGUGGUGGAUCAUGGUGUGACCCAGGUUCGACCGGGUCGGUUUGUCAGGUCGAACCAGGGUAUUGGGAGUGGGUUGGAGGGAACGGCAGCUCGACGAUAGCUGAGUGGGGACUCGUCUGUGAUCGGAAGUUCCGGGCCGGCGUUCCCGCGUCUUUGUUCUUCAUCGGUUCGCUCUUGGGAUCUGCUGCCUAUGGAUACCUAGCAGACUCAUAUCUAGGAAGGAAGAAAGCAAUGCUCCUCGCAUGCCUCUUAACAUCCAUAACUUCCUUCCUCACAUCCCUCUCUCCUAAUGUUUGGAUCUAUGCCCUUCUUCGCUUCUCAAAUGGGUUUGUCCGAUCCGGUAUCGGGAUCUGCUGCCUUGUCCUCUCCACAGAAGUGGUAGGACGAAAAUGGAGAGGUCAAGUUGGUCAAUAUGGCUUCUUCUUCUUCACUGCAGGCUUCCUUUCACUUCCCUUAAUUGCUUACCCUAACAGAAAAUCAUGGAGAAACAUCUACAAGUUCCUCUCCCUUCUCCCCUUCCUCUACUCCAUUUUGAUCCUUCCUUUUGUAUCUGAAUCACCUCGUUGGCUCAUCAUUAGAGGAAGAAACAAGGAAGCUCUGCAAAUCUUAAACAACUUAGCUAGAUUGAAUGGAAAGAAAGCACUCCCACAGAAUUUAACCAUCUCAAAUUCAUCAAGUGAGGGACCUGUCUCAGCCAAGAAGAGCUUAUGGGGUGCAAGAUGGGCUGCUAAGAGGAUAUUAACAGUUAUGAUUGCAGGUUUUGGAGUUGGGUUUGUAUACUAUGGUAUCCAACUAAAUGUAGAGAACUUAAGCUUCAACCUCUACUUCACAGUUGGACUAAAUGCCCUUAUGGAAAUUCCAGCAGUAUUCAUGGGAGGUGUGCUUCUAAGCUUCAUGGACCGCCGACUUUUAACCUCGGCAUCAGCUUACAUUGCCGGAACUUCAUGUAUCCUCUGUGUCUUCUUAUCUAGAAAGAGCACGGGCAAGGAAACCGCCAAGAAUAGCUGGGCUCAGUUAACUAUAGAAGCAAUCGGAUUCAUGGGAGCUUCAACAGCCUUUGAUGUACUGUACAUUUACUGUGUGGAGCUGUUUCCGACGAAUGUCAGGAACUUUGCCGUAUCAUUGUUGCGACAGGCACUGAUGUUGGGAGCAUCAAUUGCUCCGCUUCUGGUAGUGUUAGGCCGAUUGAGCCCGUACCUUUCUUUCCUGGUAUUUGGGGUCCUUGCAAUAUUCAGCGGGCUUGUGACAAUGUGGCUUCCUGAGACUAGGAAUUCUCCAUUGUAUGAGACACUGGAGCAGCAAGAGGAGGAGGAAAAGCUGACUGCAUCCUCUGAUUCAGAGAUAGAACUUGGAAAGCAUUAGCAUUUUAAGGAUUUUGAGUCCUGGGGUUCUCCCAAUCCUCAUGUACCAUAAUCAAAAUAUCAGCAAUCUUCACUGUAAAUCAAUCACCCUAGGAUGUAACAUAUGGUUAGAAAGUAUUAGUCAUGCAUGCUAGUGUAUUAAUGACUUUUUUUUAUAUUUUUUAUGUAAUGAUCUUUUGUCAUUUAUAUAUCA